AUGCUGCGAGCAACGAGUGGAGGCUCGAAGCGCGUCGAGUGGCUUGCCUCACUGUCGCGCCACCAUGCCUCGGGCUCUUCCAAUGCCCCGCCCCGGCUCACAAGCUACGGCGGAAGGACACUUUAUACUCCAUCCAAUACGCCCUAUCGCCCAGUAGGCACACCUCGGCCAUCAUGCUCUCGACAAUCAGUCGUCAGGUUCAUCAACUCUCAGCAGUCCUUGUCCUACUCGACUCAGACUGGCCCGGGUCUCAACCAAGGGACACCAGAAACCGAGAUGGACUCCACCCCUCCAGCUCCAUCCGACAGCUCGAAACUCACAAGUCCAGAAGGCGUGAGCGAACGCUUCCAGCGCCUCGGCCUCAACGCCAACGUCUGCCGACAGCUCACCACCUCUCAUCCGCACAUUCGACAGCCCACACCAGCACAAUCCGCACUCAUACCCGCUCUCCUCUCACCUACCGAUGUGAUUCUGCGCGCACACACGGGCACGGGAAAGUCGUUUGGUCUUCUCCUCGCGCUGCUCAGCAAGCCCCGCAUCGUCUUCCGCGAUACCGCAUCCACAGCGGCGGAUAGCGCUGCUGGCUCCAGAAGCAAGCGCAGCCGACCCAAGACAGGCAUCGCGUCCAUCGUCCUAGUCCCGAGCAACGAGCUGGCCUCACAGUAUCUUCGAUGGGCCCGCUCGCUCUUUCCGCCGUCGAGCUUGCCAUCCCUGGAUCCCGUCAUCCAGUGUCUGGUUCGCGGCGGCCUGCCAGGGUCCGGUGCGCGCACUCCAGAGGAGGAGCUGCAGCGCCUCAAAUCCAACCCGCCCCACAUCUUGAUCGGCACUCCGGGUCGCAUCAUGGACAUUCUCAACACACCUGCCGGCUCUUCCCUCUUGGGCAUCGACACCUUGCGCACGCUCGUGCUCGACGAAGCCGAUGCCGUGCUCCAGCUGCCCGGAAGAUUCCCUUCACACAAACAACGCUGGAGGCACGAGGUGCACAAAGCACCCGGGCUGCUCAUACUCGACACCAUCAUGAAGAGCCGAGCCACACAUUCGGGCGGCGAAAAGCAUCUGACAGCCGGUCUGGAGAACCGGCCAGGCAAGCAACGCGACGAACGACGACCGCCGGAGAACGUGCGUCGCAACACGUACAAAGCGGCCGAGCGUACGCGCGCCAAUCCGCAAACGGGACUUGCGCUGCCCAAGCCACGCACCGCUGGCGUCCAGCCGCUCCAACUGGUGGCGACCAGUGCGACGGCCAACUCGGUCAUGCGCCACUUCUUUGGAGCCCGCACGGGAUGGCUACGAACGGGCGUCAAGGAACACGGUCUCGCCUUUGCUCCGCAGGUCGGACGCUGGAUCGAUCUGACGGGCCUGAGCGGCAAAAGCCUGAUCGACCAGGGCAUUCGCGGACUCUUUGGGCUCAAUGAGCAAGCACGAGCCAACGGGCUCAUCGAAAGCUCGCUGGAGCAACCGGCCUCGACCAUGCCAGCGUGCAUCGCACAUACGUGUGUGGUGGUGGACGAAGCACCGCUAUCCAAGCAGCUGUCUGCUGUGCCGCUGCGCAACUUUGAGCCGAAGCUUGCGCGCAAGAAAGCACGUGCGGCUGUGGCCGCCUCUGCCGACUCGAAUCCGGCCACGGAGACGGCGGGAAGCGCGCUGUCGGAAGAGGGCUACACGAUCAUCAAGCCCGAAGACGAGCCGCAAGAGCACGAUAUGGAUCAGACGCUCAUCGAGGCGCUGGCCUUUUGCUUUGCAUCCGACGCGGUGGAGCGUGGCCUGGCCCUGAUCCCUGCGCGCUGGAGCUUGCUCAAGACGCGAGCUGCGCUCGAGGCGCUGGGUGUCUCGGUGCGGCUUGCGUCGGACGCCUCUGCGACGGAGGCACCUCGCGAGAAUGCUGCGGGAGAGGCAUCCGAGCUCUUCUUGCUGCAGUCGACCUCGUCGCGUGGGCUGGACAUUCCCGGGCUCUCGCACGUCUUUGUGGUUGGGUACGCAUCGGUGGUCGAUGCAGUGCAGUACGUGCAUGCGGCUGGGCGUGUUGCGCGCAUCGGGCGCGAAUCGGGUGCUCCGGUGGCCGGAAAAGUGGUGACUCUGCUCCGAGGCCUUCCGCACGCGACGCCGCUCCCGUCCGAGGCAGAGACAAGCAGCAAGCAGUCCGGACGCGGGAUGCCAAAGAAGGCCAUCUCGACGUCGGAAGCCAAGAUGGCCAACGUAUACAGGAGAUUGGGCGUGGUGCCGACCAAGUUUGACCUCGGCCUUCUCACUCUACGCGGAGCCGAGGCGUCGGCGCCGGUGGCAGCAGCUGCGACAGCGGAUGCAGACGUCAUGGCGAGUCCAGAAGCAGCAUCAUCGGCUCAGGAGCAUGCAUCGGACGGAACCACCUCCAAAGACCAAGCAUCCGAAAGCGCGGCAAACGAGUCGCCGCAGCAAUGA